UGACAAUUGCUCUUAGAAAGUUUUAGGAUUGAAUUUUUGGAUUUGUUUUUGAUUUUAUCACAAGCUUCCGUUUCAAUUGGAUAAUUGUUAAAAAGUUCGAGAAUUGAUAAGGAUUCGUAAUGGCGUCAAUGGAUAACAUGACUGACAUCUCAGUACCUGGUUUUUAUGCCGGGAAAUCUGUAUUCAUCACUGGUGGAACUGGCUUUUUAGGAAAGGGCCUUAUAGAAAAACUGCUAUACAGUUGCAAAGAUAUCGGCAAAGUAUUCAUCUUAGUUCGAGAGAAGAAGGGCAUAUCAGGCAUUGACAGGAUUAAGAAAAUCCUGGAUUCCGAGCCCUUCGCUCGACUAAGAGAAUCACGGCCUCAAGAUUUGGAAAAGAUAGUUCCCGUCUAUGGAGACCUUGUCGCAGAAAACCUUGGAAUCAGUCAAGAAGAUCAGGAAACACUUUUUAAUGAGGUAUCUGUCGUAUUCCACUUAGCUGCUACUAUCAAGUUCAAUGAACCAUUGUCAGUGGCAAUGAAAGUGAACGUCGAAGGUACGAGGGAGGUGAUGAAGCUAGCGCAACAAAUGAAGCUCUUGAAGUCGUUCGUGUAUGUAUCAACAGCGUACUCAAACACGAGCAUAACAAGAUGUCACGUGGAAGAGAAGCUCUAUCCAUCACCUAAAACAAUGAAGGAGGUCUACGAUUUGAUCGAAGAUAACGACCUUAGUGAAAGAUUAACUCCUGAUGUUUUAGACGGUCGUCCCAAUACAUAUGCGUUUACAAAGGCCCUUGCUGAAAAUUUCGUAGUGGAAAAUCAUGGAGAUAUGCCCACAAUAAUCGUACGACCAUCAAUAGUGACAGCAGCAGUUAAAGAACCAGUCGAAGGUUGGAUUGAUAACUGGCAAGGUCCUACACCAGUUCUGGCCCUUAUUGCCAAGGGAUGGGUGCGCACUUUGUACGGAGAUAAGAAAUUUGCUUUCGACAUGAUCCCCGUUGACUACGUCAUCAACCUUACUAUUAUUAGCGGAGCACGUUGCAAGAAAUCCAAAGAAGUUCCAAUUUAUCACGCCUGUAGUAGUACGAGCAACCCGAUAUCUUUAAAGGAAACAUCUGUAUUGUACACCAAAGAAGCCUGCAAACAUGGAUACAAUGAGUUACCAUUCCCGGGCAUACUGUUCUCCAAAUCAGAGUGGUUACUGACGUUGGCAACGUUUAUUCUGCAAACAGUACCAGCUUAUUUAGCAGAUUUCGUUCUCUACCUACUUGGAAAAUCUACGAGGUAUGUCAAAACGCAGACCAAACUUGCAUCAUAUUUGGAAAUGAUCCGAUUCUUCUGUUCCCAAUCCUGGAUGAUAAUGAGCGACAAAACAAGAGCCAUGUUCUACAACCUCAGUCCUGAAGACCGCAAGACGUUCCCCUGUGACGCUUCCCUCUUCAGUUGGGAAGAAUACAUGCCUGUUUACUACCACGGUGUCAAACGGUAUCUCAUCGACCCAGCUGAGAAAUAUAAGAAGAGUUUGUCCUCUAGUUAAUUCUGUAAUUAGCAUCAAUUUAACGUUAUUGCUAUCUCAUUAUCACUUAAUUUAGCGAAAGGAUAUCAAGCAUCUCAUAAUAGGGAUUUGAGGGAAGUAAGGGUUAGUGGUGGAAUGCAUCAAAAUUUUAGCAUCUGAUAUUAUAGUAAUUAUCUUGAUAGAUUAUUGGAAGGGUAAUUGUUGGAGAUAAUUUGUCUCUGUUUGAACUAUUGUGAUAUUAGUCCAAUACUUAUAGGAUUAGUGUAUUUCUAUGUGAAAUAUGGGAAUGGAGUGAUACUGUAGUUAUUAUAUAACUAAGUUAUUAUUAUUUAAUGGGUUAGUUAUUGCUCAAUAUUUAUUCAAGCCUUGUUAUUUAAGAGUAAACUGAACUGAUUAUUCAGUUUGUAUUAUAGCAGCAUUUAAAUACUUUAAAAGAUCUUUUUGUAAUAAUACAAACGAAACAGUAAAAUACGACAUGUCGUACUUAUUUUCGAUCCAGUUUAGAAUAGGUACAUCUAAGUGUAAGGUAAUUUUAAGUUAGAAUAAGGUAAUAGCUAUUUAUUAUGUUGUAUCCAAUAAAAAUAUUAUGACGAUGA